AUGGAGAGACCGAAGAGUGUAUUUACCCCAGAUGAGCCCGGGGCUUUGCCCCUCGACCAGGUCCUCGCGCAGUUAGUCAACGACGACCAGGAAGAAUGGGAGUAUGAGUACUCCGCUGCAGAGACAGAGGUAGGUCCGUCUCUCUCGUGCGCGCGCGUGUCUUUGCGUCUCGCUCACAGAUUUUCACAACAGACAUUCUACCUCACAGUGGAGCUCUCGUAUCCCGAGUUCAAAGAGCGCGCAGCUAGAAUCCCUCCGCACAGUCGCGGCGGAUACUACAGGAACUGGGCGGAACAGGACGCGCCCCGCGAGACUGCCAAACAGCCGCCGCAAGAGGCCAAACAGGCCGCUGGCGACAACAGCGACAACGAGGAAGUCUUCGCCGCAGAGCGAGAUUAUGAGGAUGACGGCACGCCGCUGGACCCGGUCCUCCUGGCCAUGAGCAAGGGCAAGGACAAGGCUACAACGCCUCCGCCCGCAGACACGCCAAAACACCAAGAAGCUGAGCCUCCCCAAGCCCAAGAGGAACCUCUGGACACAGAAGAAAUCCAAAUCCUGGACCUACACACGACCAGCCCCCUCUUCUCCUACAGAGGCCGCCUCUUCCAAGGCAACUGGGCAGAGGUCAUUGGCACCGAAGUCAUCCUCGCCGGCACGCCCUCGGACGACUCGGCCGCGCUCCCCUCACUCCGCACCCUGCCGGGCGACAUCUCCCUCCUGGCGGCCAGCUCCUCCCGCAUAAUGACCAGCGAAAAGAUACCCCGCCCCAAAAUACCCUCUGUAGACAAGCUCGCCCCUAUCAAGGAAGAAUGGAACAUCCGGAUCCCUCUGGGGAAAGACAAGACCGGCGAGCGCGCAGAACAAAUCAAUUUCCUCGAGAACCUGAUGGCAUUCAAGAUUAAAAAGGGCGACAAGGAUCAAGUCACCGUCUAUGCCACCGAUGGCAAAGGGAAGGACUGGGACGAUAGAAAGUCUGUGUAUUACAAACCGAGACGGAAAAAGAUUGGCGAAGAGCAUGAUGCCGAGAAGCAGAAGAACAAGGUGGGCAGGCGGCCGAGAGGCAGGCCGAGCCUGGCAACGAGAUUGGAAGGGUAUCCUGUGGGGUUCGGGGAGGGUGCUACAAAGCAUACUGAACUGUCGACCAUGACGCCGACCAGGUGGGAUGACCUGGAUAGGGAGGAGGCUGAUGAGGAAGGCAGUGAAGAGGGUGAGGAUGUUACUAUGCUGGGGUGA